UGAAUAUUAUCUGUUGACAGUUGUGUGGAGAGGAGGCUCGAAAUUCUACUUUUUAGCUUACUUGUGCAAGAAGUGAAGGUCUGUUUUGCUUUUCGUUUUAGCUGGGACGUCCGUCCUAAACUUUUAAUGAUUUUCUCCAAAUACUCCAUAAGAAAUGGAUGAAGAUGAACGACGGAGGAAACUAGAAGCUGGGAGAGCCAAGAGACCCACCAACAUGCCACGAAACCAGUCGCUUGCUAGCUUCAGACAGAGGCGGGCGAAAAGCGACAGUGCGGGGACGACGAAAAAGACGCAGAAGAGGAAGGGCCAGACUGUCGCGAAGAAUGACUGCUCGUCGCAAGACCACCACGUAGAAUCAGCACCUCCAACAGCUGAUGACACACAGCUGAACAGCAAGACAAACCAUGAGGAAGCACAGAAGUCUGAUAAAUCAGAGGUUCAGAUGAACCAAAGAGCAAAGCAUCAUCCCCCUACCUUGGAGCAAUGUCCGUCACCUGUGGAAGAGUUGGGAGAUGAGGAACUGCUGGCCAUUACUGGCAAAGACCAGCUCAAGCAGUUACAACAGGCUGUGGAGAAGCGAAAUGAAAUAAUUGCCAGGCUCAGCUCCAACCUGCAAGAGGCUCUUGCCAGUAGGGACCAGGUACAGCUGGAGGCACAGUCACUUGCUGGACAGAUUCAGGCGCUACAGAAACAGCUCCAGCAGACUGGCAUUGAAUUUCUGCGUAUCAAAAGUCAGUCAGACACUCGUCAACAGCAUGGCCAUUACUCCAAAGAUGCAAAGGCACCAUCAGAGGAGUUAGAACAUGGUGAUCCCUUUUCAGGUGUUGAGAGCUCCGGCAGUGACACUGAAACAGACUCUGUUCUGCAUAAACUACAGGCUGAGCUGGAAGAAGAAAGGACAAACUGCCAACGCACAUGUGCCAAAUUAGCAGAGGAGAUAGAAAAACACCAACACGUGCUUUCUUUACUUGAGGAGGAGAGGAAAAGCAGGGUAGAUGAGCGACAAGAAAGCAAAAUGCAACUGCAAAUUCUUCAAACCCAACUGAGCCAAGUCCAGUCGCAGUGCCUUGAGAUGCAGCAGUACAAAGAAGAGAAGGAGAAGCUAAACAAAGAGGUGGCAGAUCUGAGAAAAAGGCUUCAGGUAGACUCUGCAGAGAAAAGAUUUAGUGAAGAGAUGUCUAGUCCUCUUCUCCAGAAACUUCAGGAGGAAAAACAGAGACAAGAGGAAGCCAUAAUGAGGCUUAAAGAGGAGCACAGAGAUGAGGUGGAGAGAAUCAGGCAGUUGUUGGAGGAGAGGGAGAAAGCUCUGAAGAUUAGAGAGGAAGAGGUCAUGGAACUGAAAGCUUCAAAGAAUCGUCAGAACCAAGCAAAAGCAAACGUUAGCUGUGAUGACAGGAGUCAUGGGGACACUCUGGAGAGUGUACCUGAUAAGGACAGUUUAAAUGGAUCAGUACAUGGAGACAUUCUGAUGGAACGCUACUUGUCUUCGGCCCCACUCGCACACUCGCAAUCUUCAGUGGUCAGUGACUUUGAACGCCACAGUCAGCUGGACAUUUCUGCAGACUACAGUUUUGAGCUCAACAGUGAAGUGUUAGGGGAUGAGAUGUUAUCAGUUUCAAACAGAGCCCUCUACCCACAUGGCUAUAUCCCUGUAGCUGAUGAUUCCAAUCCUCAGUCUGACUCUGAGUGUCCUCACAUCUCUACGCCUGGCGAUCUGGAGAGAAGUAAACUGUCUGAGAAUCUGUUUGAGAAGACGGACCUGGAGAAAGAGCUGCUGAGUCAGCAGUGUGGCGAGCUCCGCGAUGAGCUGGCUCUAAAGGACAGGGAAUUGGAUGUGUUGAGGGAGGAAGUCAUUAAGAGUGCAGAAGAGCUGGAGGAGGCCAGGAAUAGGUGGGCCCAAGUAACGGAAGAGCUCAGACAGGCUCUCUGGGAACUUGAAGAGGAGAAGAGAAGACAUUUUGAGGAGGGAGCUCAUGAACAAGACAGCCUGCAGAACAAAUUCAGUGCCUUAAUGGGGGAGCAAGAGAAUGAAGUAAUCUUGGGAAAGGAAAGUACUGAAAGCCUUACACUUGCCCUCAAUACCUCUUCAUCAGCGUUGGAAGAUAAAGUUGUGGGGGAGCUUGAAAGUGAGGCUGCUCUGCUGGUGUCGUCUCUACAGGAGAUGAAGGACAAAGCAUUUGGAGACCAGCUCGAAAAACUACAGGCAAACUGCGACUAUUUCAUGUCAGAGCUAGAAGAGACAAAAACAAAGCUUGAAGUUGUGUCCGAGCAACUGCAACAAAAGAAUAAAGAGCUGGAUGGAACACUGGAGGAACUUGAAACAGCUCGUGCACAGGUUCUGAAUGUUCAAGCGCAGGUGGAGAGGUUGCAGAAAGAGCUUGAGGAAAGCCGCAUUAGUUUGGAUGUUUCUGAGAAACAGAGAAAGGAAGUGGAAUCUCAGCUUUUACGUCUGAGACUAAACUUGGCCAACAUGGAGGAGGCCCAGGCAAAGGUAGGACAGGAGAGGGAGGAGCACAAGAGAAAGGAAGAGGAGAUGGAGGAGCGAAUCAAAAAAAUGGAACAAGUCUUAGAAGAGGAGCUUGAUCAGUUUGAGAACCUGCUAAAAGCCAAGGAUGUUGAGUUGGCUGAGAAGAAAGAGAAAUGGGAGGAAGAAAAGCAGGAGAAGGAAAAGGAGCUUCUUGAUGUGAGACGGCUUAUGGAAGAGCAGAGGAAGGAAAGUAAAAAUGAGGUGACUGCGCUGUUGGUGAAGCAAGUUCAGGCUUUUGAGGAGGCCACAGAGAAGCUCAAGUCAUCACACCAACAUGAGCUGGAAAACCUCAUGGAGAAACAUCAGCAAGAGAUUUUUGAGCUGAAGGACCACCACGCUACAGAGCUCAUAACACUGCAGGCCAGUAUGGAGGAAGGUCAGAAGAAGCAGAUUAGCCUAAUUAAACAGGUGACUGAACGUGAGCAUGAGAGGAUGUUGUUGGAGCUAACUGUCAAACACGAUGAGGAGCUUAGUCAACUGAGAACAGAGCUGUCCCUGGAGCUGAGGGAGAGUAUGGAGGCUGCUCACCAGGCUGAAUUGCAGCAGGCACAAGCCCAGAAGACCCUGGAGCUUGAAGCCCUGCGUCUAAGCCUGACUAGUGCCCACACGUCCCAGUUGGAGCACUCCAAUGUUAACCUGCAUCGUGAGGAAGCCUCAGCUCUCAUCCAGGCUCAGGCCUCCUUGAGGGAGACAUUUACUCAGGAGAGAGCACUAUUACAAGCCCAACACCAAGCAGAACUGAGCCGAAUCAAACAGCUGGACCAGGAGCAGCAGGAGAGACUGAAAGCUCUGCAUCGGGUUGAAUUGGAUGAGUUGAAGCAGCAGUGGGAAGCGCACACCGCUCAGGAGAGAGCUUCUGUGAAGGAGAAGCAGGACAAAGAGAUGGAGAAUAUGAGGUCACAGUGGGAGAAAGAGGCUAAAAUUGUUCAGACAUCCCUCUCGGAGUGUCAGAGCAGCCUUGUUGGCACCCAGACCGAACUAAGCCACACCCUGGCUUCUCUUACCCAGACCAACGAAGUGUUGUCUGAAACCCAGACAGCUCUCAUGCAGACAAAGUCUGAGCUACAGGAGUCCCAAGCCAGACUAGAGGAACUCCAGACCUCCAGUAAGGAGCAGAACAACAAGCUAGAGGAUGAGCUCAAACAAUCCUGGGCUGACAGAGAUGCUGCUGCCUGUGCUUUGGAGGAUUUGGUUUCAAGUCAUAAGACUGUUCUGCAGGAUAAAGAGCAGCAAGUGCUCCACCUAGAGGAGAAGGUGUGUCAACUUCAGCAAGAGAUUUUGCGGCUGCAGGAGGAGAAAGACGUGCUGAAACAGAGCUCUGAACAGGAAGUAGGUCAGCUGUGGACCCAGCUGGAGAACAUGAGAACUAGUCGCCAAGAGUUGGGAGAGCUAAAGGAACAGCUGCUUGCUCGCUCAUCUUGUGUUGAUGACCUUGAACGCCUGAAGACUGAGUUUAAUGAACAAAAACGAGCAAUCAAAGAGCAGAAUGAGGCUGAACUUGAAAGCCUGAGGAGGUAUUUUGAGCAGAGGUUGCAGGCAACAGAAGAGAGCUAUCGAGAGGAAAUCGCACUUCUCCAGUUGAGACUGGUAGAAGGUGCUUUAGAGGAGUCUCUGCUGAAAACUGCAUGUGACUGCUCUGUCUCUGAAGGUCAGACUGAAGAGGAAGAUGAUGAUAGUUCUGAUUCCAACAAACAAAAGGUAUUGGAGAAAAAACAUGCCUCAGAGCUUGCCAACCUCCAAUCGUCUUUGUCUCUAUCUUUUAAGGAAGAGGUGCAGCAGGUUCGCUCUGACCUCACUGACCAUUACUAUAAGGAACUGCAGGAGAUGAAGACUUGUCAUGCCUUGGAGCUAGAGCAGCUCAGAGCCAAACUUUGUGAAAGUCACUUACAGGAGCUUACCAGAAUACGUUUGGAAACAGCACGACAGGUUGAGGUGGAGGUUGACCACAGGAUGUGGUGUUACAUAGAGGAGCUGCAAACAACAAAUACCAUCAUUCACACUCUGGAGAACAGACUGGCUGCCCUGAGUAAAGAUCAUUCUGAAGAAAUGCAGAAGCAAACACACAAGUUGAAACAACAGUUUUGUGAGGAGUUAGUCCAUCUUGAAGAAGCUCUGAAACAAGAGAGGGAGAACGUCCAAGCAGAGAAGAGGCGGCUGAGAGAGGAGCUCCAGAAUGAACAUAAUACUGAACUUGCUGCCCUGAGGUCUGAUAUUGAGAAUGAGACUGAGGAGAGAUCUCUCCUGGAACUAGCACUUCACGAAGAGAAGGAGAAGUUGAAGUCUUUAGAAGCUGCUCUGCACAACGAUAAAAGCCCACAGUUCCUAAUAGUAAAGCAGAAACUGGAGGCGCAAUAUGAUGGUGAACUGCAAAAGGCAAAAACCUUGAUGGCAGUGGAAAUCAAAGAGCUUACUCUUCUCCUCCAGCAGGCUGAAGAGCAUUUACGCAACGCUCAAGAGAGGUUCCAAGAGGAAAAAGCUGUGUUGGAACAUUGUUUGAGCCAGAAACAUGAAAUUGCUGUCGCAGAGCUGAAAGAUAAACAUCAAACAGACCUGGAACAUGAAAAAGCAACACUGCUGAACAAACACUCCCAAGAGAUGGACAUGCUUAGUGCCAAACACAAAGCACAACUGGACACACUUGGUGCCAGUCACAAAGCUCAGCUUGCAGCUAUUGCUGCUGAGCUGGAAUCCCGGCACAAGGCUGAGCUUGUUGCCUUGGAGGCAGCACUUGAUUCCAAACAAAAGGCAGACCUUAAAGGCCUGGAGGCCGCCUUACAGGAGACCUACCAGGCUCAGCUGGAGGCCUUAGAAGCUGGUUUAAAUCGUAAGCACCAGGAAGAACGGGAUGAACUUGAAAAGAGGAUGCUGGGUAAUAUGGACACUCUGGAAGCCACAUAUCUGAAGGAAGUGCAAGCACUGCGUGAUGGAAUGGUGCAGCUUGAAGAGCAGCACCGUCAAGAACUCAAUCGCCAAAUAUCAGAACACAAGCAGAUGAUGGAGAUUAAGACUGCAGAGCAGCUCUCAAUCAGGGAGGAACUGAGGAAACAUCUGGCCCAGGUGCACAUGGAGAAGUUCAGUGCAAUGGCAGCAGAGCUGAGCCACGUCCACAAGACUGAGCUGGCUGUUCAAAAAGAGGCCUUAAACAUGGAACACUGCCAAGCUCUGCAGAUCCUUAAGAAUCAGGUUUUAGAGGUUGAGCAACAACAUAGCACUGCUCUCCAGGAGCUCUCACAAAGCUUUAUGACUGAGAAAGAGCAACUUAUUGAACAGCACAAACUCCAGCUUCAGGAGUUGAAGGGGAUCUCUGCUCGUGAGUUGGAGGCAUGUCGCAAGGAGCUUGAAGAGGCGUCGACGAGACAAAGUCAGCGCCUCCUAGAAGAGGUGGAGCUUCUCAAGGUCCAGUCAGAGGAAAGACUGCAUGACAGGAUUAACCAGCUGAAGACUGAGUUUGACAACCAGAAGGAGGUGGAGCUUGAAGACCUAAGGCGGAACUUUGCAUCUGAGCAAGAAGAAAAGGAGCGCAGCUACACAGACAAAAUGAGCCAGUUGACCACCCAACUGCAGCAGCUUGAUGCUGUGGUGGCACAGCUGCGAGCAGAGGUUGGCUGUCUGCAGGGAGAGUUAGAAGGGAAGCGUGCAGAGAUGGAGACCCUAGAUACCCUCCUUCAACGAAGGGAAAGAGAAAGUCAGGAGGGAGGCAAUCUUCUGCAGAUGCUCACCAAUGAUUUAAAGACUGCAAAAGAGGAAGGACAAAAGCUCCACCAGGCAAAUGAAAAGCUGAGUAAAGUGCUGAUUGAGCUGGUUCGCAGCACUGUCUCAACAGAAGAGUUAAUUGGACAAAAGAUCAGUGCCAGAACCAAAACGCCUCAGUCUGCAACUUAUCAGAGAAGUUCUACAGGAAAUAAAGAUGCACAAGAAUCAGGCAUUUCGGUUGCAGACUUAUCAUCAGAGGACUUGGAGUUGACCCAUAUGCUCUGUGAGAGCCUGCUGGUUUCUGAUAAUCAGAUCAGUCCUGGAGGAGAGGAAGCUGCUCUAAAUGCCUGCAGCCGACUUCAUCGCACAGUAGACAUGCUGCUGGAGCUGCUCAACCAGGCCAACACACAGCUUGAACAGACUCAUAAUGUCCAUCUUUCUCUGGAGGAAAAGUUUUCUCAGGGCAGGGAAGACUCAGCCCACCUAAUUAAGCAGCACAAGCUGCUAUUGGAACAGCUCGAUCAAGAGUCAAAGCAGAAGAAUCGACUCCAGUUGGAGCUCCACAAGGCAGAGGGGCUCCUUGAGGGUUAUGUGGCUGAGAAGGCAAUCCUGGAGGAGUCUCUACAGCAGAAAGAAGCACAAGAGGAGAGGCUGGUGGAAGAAUUGGAGGACCUAAAGGAGAAGCUGCAUCAGAUGCAGGCCCUCACUGCAGAGCUGGAAAACCUCAGACUGAAGCAUCAGGAGCUCAGUGAGGAACACACAAUUCUCCUGCGUCACAAGGAGCAUCUCUCUGCUGGACUGGGGGAGAGAGAGAAAGCUCUACUUGCUGAGACAGAGCGAUUGACUGAGGAUAAGCUGGAUUUGCAGCGGCAGGCUGAGAAGGACCACAGCUCUUUGUUUCAGCGCCUCCAGGUCCUGGAGAGACAACUAGAAGAGCAGGAAACAAAAGGGCUGGAGACAGACAUGUACCACAAGGCUCGAACUGAAGACCUCAACCAACAUGUUCAAGCACUCGAGAAACAGUUGAAACAUGACCGACAAUUCAUAGAGGAGCAAGCUGUGGAGCGUGAACAUGAGAGAGAUGAGUUCCAGCAGGAGAUUCGAAGGCUGGAGGCCCAACUCAGGCUGGCACCCAAUGUGGACAACAAGGGGCACAGGUUUGAGGACUUGGUUCUGCAGGUUGAGAGUUUACAAGCUGUCCUCAAAGACAAAACAGAGGACCACGCCUCCUUACUAGCAGCCAAUCAGCAAGCCCAACGUGACCUUGCAGAGCGCAACGACGAGAUAGACAAGUUAGCUGGGCGAAUCCGAGAGCUAGAGCAAGCCCUGCUUAACAGUGCUGAGGAUAAUCGGUCCAUCAGUCAACUUGAACAAGAGCUUCACAAGGCAAAGUUAAGAGAACAGGAGCUCAUACAAGAUAAGCAGGCACUGGAGCAGCAGCAGCUGUCUAGCAGGCUUCAGAUUUCUGCCCUGCAGUCUAAACUGGAUGAGACCCGACACUGUUACCAUGACAACACGCGGGACCCCACCCAGGAGCUUAGAAAUGACCUGGACAGUACUCAGCAGAGUCUACAGAAGAAAGAGCAAGAGGUUGAGCUCCUUUGUGGACAGCUGGAGGAUGUGCAGAGGGAAUUAAACAUCAAAGAAGUUGAAUUAAAACACCUUGCAUUACAGCUGGAGCUACUGACCAACCAAAAUGCUGAACAUGUUGGAAAGCUCCAGGAUCAGAUUGCUGCCCUGAAGGAGAACGUGUCUGCUCUUACUAUACUCAAAGAGGAGAAAGAAGUGCAGCGUGAGGUGGAGGAAGAGACCUUGCCUUCUGCAUUACUUCAGGAGAAAAACCAAGAGAUAGACCACCUCAGUAGUGAGAUCCAUCGGCUGGAACAGGAGCUGGAAAAUGCCAAACACACAAAGGCUUUUGAAGUUGAGCUUGAAGAUCUGCGCUCCCAGGUUGAACAUCUCGAAUCUGAAAUCACUCGAGUGCGUCAGGACAAAGAGGAAGAAGAGGAGCGCCUUCAUGAGGUCAUCAGCACUCUGCAGGCUGAACUGUCCACACUGGGCCCCAACCUGCAUGAAGUCAGCGACUCUCAGGAUGGUGACAGCAUCAACCCUUCGCCUGCUCCCAGCCCUGAACCUCACCACUUUACCAUCCAGGAGCAAGAGAGGAAGGGAGUGCCAAGCAGCCUGAAACAGGAGCUCAAUUUGACUCAUUCUGCCUCCUCUCGCUCACUACGAUCUCGUCUCAAAGCUCUUCAGACUCAGCUGGAGACUGCAGUGGCUGAAAAAGAGGGACUGGAGAGAUUACUGCUCGUCCAGGAGGAAGAGUACAGGGGCCAUGGGGAGGAGUUUGGAAAGAGGCUGAAAACAGAGAGAGAAAAGGCAGAUGAGCUUGAAGGUCUCCUCAAUCUCAAAGAAGCUGAAUUGGAGGAUGUCAAAGCCCAGGUAGAAGAGGAAAAGGAAAAGAGGAAGCUAUCGGAGGAGGAAAGGGAUAGUUGCAGAGCUAAAGUCAAUGAGAUGAACACCUUGCAUGAGGAGAAAGCUCAACUCCAGUCUCUGGUUAUGGAACUCCAACAGGCAGAGCAAGACCGGGUGAGAGAAAUUGAAUCUCUAAAAACAAAGGAGAAAGAAAUGAAAAUGGAAAUUGAGGUCCUCACAGAGACUAGCUACACUCUUGAGAGACAAGUCCAGGAGGUGAGGGCUGAAGUGGUAGAUAUGGAGGAACUGGUAGCAGAUGAAAGGGCAAAGAUCAAAACCCUUGAGACGGUAAAGGAAGAGCUUUCUGCUCAGCGUGAGGCGCUGAGGAGGCGGGAGGAGCAGCUCCAGGAGGAAAUUGAAAAGCUCAGGGAGGAAGUUGCUUUAUUGAAAACCCUUGUCCAGAACCUGACACACCAGCUCAAUGAGAAGGAAAGCAAUCAUGAAGAGGCUCAAAAGGAGGUGCUGACUCAUGCUGAGGUGACUCUGGCUAAAGCAGAUGCUGCCUUGAGACAGAAGGAGACUGAGCUUGUUAAACUAAGGGAAGAUCAUCAGGCCCUAAGUGUGGAGCUGUCUGCUGUGAAAUGUGGUCUAAAUACCAGCACAGAGAGGGUGGAGAAACUCCAUGAGGAAGGACAGACCAAAGACCGUGCUCUUCUUGACCUGGAAACUGAAAACCAGCGGCUGAAGGCAGAACUUUGUCGUCUGCAGGAAGAUCUGGCUGUGCAGGAGGAUGAACUGGCCUAUCAGCAAAGAGAACUGCAGCAACUUAGACAACACUGUCAGCAGCAGGACACACUUCAUUCUCAGCAUGCACACCUACAGAAAGAUAUUCCUUACAAUGCUUUCAUGGACAUUGUGAGUGUCUCUCAUGGUGAAAACUCUCUGAGCUCUCCGGAGGUUUUAAGAAGACUGGACUGCUCCGAGGACAGACUCCCAGAGCGCUUCCAUGCCUCUGUUCUGGGCUCUCAUCUGUCUGAGCUCAGUGCUUUGAACAGCACAGGCCUGAAUGUCCCUCAGAUCAAGACCUCUCCCAGGGUUGUGAUGGAAGCUCCACAUUCUAGGACCAUCACACCAGAACCAGCCACACAGAGCACCCGUUCCCCAGGCUCCGUGUCGAUGUCAGAGAACUUCUCCAUGCUCGAUUCUCUGGAUGCUGACAAAGUGCGUGAACUCGACGGACUUGAUCUAACCGAACCUCCAUCGCCACUAGGGUCCACCUCCUCCCUGUCAGCCCCAGAAUGGGCCAGUGAUGGAUAUGGCAGCAAUGUCAGCUCAGAGUUGGGUGCAAGGUUGAGAGUGGAGCUUGAACAGACUGAAAGGCUGGAUGCUCAGUUUGUUGAGUACCUACGCUGCCGAGGAAUGAACCCCACAGUUAACACAGAUAGUGCUGCAGGAAGUAUGAGCUACAGUGAUGACUUGUUGUCACCUGAGCUUCAGGGCCUAUUAAAAAAGGUGUAUCAAGAAAGCUGCAGAAUUCUCACUUUGUCCCAACGACAUCCUACUCCAUCGUCUCAGACUCUAAAAACGGCCUCACUCAGUCAGGCACAGUAUCAUUGUGAAGGUGGCUCUGCACUGCUGGACCACCGGGACAAAUCCGCCUCUAACCCUCCUAUGAGCUGGCAGCAGGAGAAGAGGGCACUGCAGGAGACUGUGAUUGCUCUCAGAGAGCUGCUCUGUCGAAUGGCACAAAGGCACACACAAAUUGAUUACAGUGGUGAUGCUGAAAGAGAUCAAGGCCAAGAUGGACAGUUGGAAUUUCAACUGAGGGCAGAGUUGCAGCAGAAACAGGAACAGUUGAAGUGUGCCCAAGACACACAACAAGAGGCAAAGAGUAGGAUAGAGACACUUAGACAUACUGUAGAAGAAGGUGAGGAAGCUUUGAGGAAGGAGCAGACCAAGGUUCAGGAUCUUCAACAACAACUGGAUCAGGAAAGAGCCCUGAGUCUCCGUAAGAACAGAGAGGAAGAGGAGAAGAGAGGGGUUGUGAAAUUAUUUUCAGAGCAGCAAAAGACAGAGGUUAUGACUCUAAAAGGGCAGGUGGAGCAGGAGCGGGUGGCCUGCAGCAACCUCAAACGUGAGCUUCAGAUUGAACAGUCUCGCAGUCUGCUCCUGGAGAAACGCCUAGAAAACAGUCAGAACGAACUCGAAGAUGAACGUCAGCGCUCUGGUCACCUGCAAGAAGUCAACAUCCGAGAGAAGACUCGUCUUGAGGGCCUGUUGGCUGAAGCGGAAUCUCGCUUAGCAGAAAUUCACUCCAAGCUUGCAGAUGCUCACCGGAAGCUGGAUGAAGAGCGGGACCGGUGGUCGAGGCAGGUUGAUGAACUCAGCCGCAGACAUGAGGCCGAUGCUGCCAGGGACCGGACGUUCAUCUCUGAUAUGCGCGCCCAACUAGAGCAGGAGCGAAGGCAGGGGGAGGAGCUUGCAGCUGUGACAGACAGACUGCGAGCGGAGCUCCUGCAAAGCAGAAGGAGCUGGGAAGGGGAGGACAGAACGAAGAGGGAGGAGCUGCAGCGGGAGCGUGAGGCUGCCGCUCGAAAUCGCGUAGCUCUCGAAGGCUUAAAGGAGCAGUUGCAGGAAGCCAGCCGUGCUUUAGAGGUGGAGCAAGAGCGGUUCAGGUGCCAGGGGGUGGAGCUUCAAGAACUAAAGGAGAAACUCAGACAAGUGAAAGACAAAGAGAGGGAGAAGGAGGAGCAGUGGGAGAAAGAGAAGAGGAAGAGCAGACAGGAGCAGAUGGAGAAGGAGAGACGACAGGAAAAGACCAAAAAUAAACUGUGUGAGUUGGAGUUACUGAGGCAACAGGACCAGCAGCGCAUGCAGGAGCUGCAGCGCACUCUGGAAGAGCUGGAGAGAGAUGAAAGAGAAAUGACUGCUCAGAGACUGUAUGGACUCUCAGCACCACAGCACAAGACCCCAACAAUUUCACAGUAUGUCCAGACUGAUGGUGCCCAGACAGGAAGCGCACAACACAACCAGCAGAUGUUAUCCAGCCCAUUGCCCUCCACAUCUUCUAAUCUGUUGGAAAAGUUGCUGAAGGAGAAUUCCGAUUUGACGGAGCGUGUUACGUCACUCAGUCAGGAGAGAGCCACCCUAAAACACAGAUUCACCUUGCUGGAGCGGCAGCUUCGCCGCACAGAGAAUGAGCUCGCCAAAGUCACUACAGAAACAGAAAACCGACCCAUCAGUGACGUGACCAGUAACAGCAAGGUACAGCGUUUAUAUGAGCGCUACCUGCGUGCUGAGAGCUUCAGGAAGGCGCUGGUGUACCAGAAGCGUUACCUGCUGCUGCUGUUGGGAGGCUUCCAGGAGUGCGAGCAGGUCACCCUGUGUCUAAUUUCCCGCAUGGGGGUGCGUCCCUCACCCCCUGUCUCAUCCCAUCGUAGACCUCUUGGACGAUUUAGGGCUGCUGUGAGAGUCGUCAUUGCUGUCUCAAGAAUUAAGUUUUUGACCAGGAAAUGGCAGAAAUCGAUCAAAAGGUUAUCUCUAACUGGAACUGGGCAAGCUCAGAGUUCUAAAGCUGAGGUUUUAAGGCAUCAACAGCCAAGGUCAAACUCGGACUCGCCACCUAACAGACGAACAGUGUCUGCCCUUGUUCCACCCAUUAAAUCACCCUUCAGGUUGCACAACAGGUCAUACUCGAGUACCACUUUGACCUCAGAACAUUCAGUUGGAACAUCUCAGGAUCCAGAGAGAUCGCUUACUGAAUACAUUCAUCAUCUAGAGAAAGUUCAGCAGCGAUUGGUGGGAACCAAGCAAGUAAGCAAGACUCAAUUAGCCGUGCCCCCUAAAGAGGAAAGGAGGAUACAGUCAGCCUGUUCCCCUGAUAUGCUCGGUUAUCGGCAGCGCUGGCUGCAGGAAAACAGGACGUGGCUGUACCUGAGCUGCUUGUCGCCGCUUUACCUGAAUGGUCCAGGUUCAUCGGCUUUUCAGUCUGACCCACAGUGAUUUUAAAAUGAAAGAAUGCACCCAGCUUCAAAACCGUCUAUGCCUUACUCCGACAUAGACCCUUAUAGAAAUAUGAUAACUUGCUAAAGUACCUAAAUUAUUUUUUAUUGUAACUUUUGUAUUUGCAGCUCAGUAUUUUGAAGGUCAUUCUGUUGCAAGAAUAAGUGUAUAUUUUUUUCGAUCUGUUUUAUAACUUUUGUUGCAAUGUAAAUGGAACCGAUUUUCAUUGUACAUGUAUUCAAAUGCAUAGUUUUCUACUUGAAAUCCAAACAUGGCUAGUGAGUCUAUUCAUGCAUAACCAUAUGUCUCUGUAUAUCUGUUUUUACUAUUAUUCGAAUAAAUAUUUUAAAUGUCA